AUGGCGAGACCUGGCUUCGUGCGGACAAACAUCGUGAGGUGGGUCAAGGAGGGCUCGGAGGCGUCCUUCCUCUCCCAAAUGCGCGACCUGCGUCGGCUCGCGCUCAACGCCGAUGGUUUCAUUGGCAGCGAGCACCUGUGGUCUGUUGAGCACAAGCACAAGCACCUCACCACACAGACCUGGACAUCGCUCGAUGCCUGGCACCGUUUCAAGUCCCACCCUGAUCGUGUCCACAUGGUGAAAAAGUUGCAGGACCAUCUGACGGAGGAGCCGUUGGAGGACGUCUACACGCCCUACGUCAAGGAGCGGUUCAGCAUCGACCUGGAAGCCCUCCAAUCUGGCCGGCACGGCAACUAA